UUUCGUGUGAAAUAUAGUACAAAGCAGCAAUAUUCGAAACGAAUGUCGUAAAGCAAAUAAGUUAAAAUUUUCAUUAUCAAAUUUUUAACAAUUGCAAUAAGUUUCCACUGGUUUGUAAUAAUAUAAUAGUUUAUACAGAUCCUAGUUUAAGUUAAGUUUGAUAGUUUUAAAGAGAUUUAUCCGUAAUUUAACUUAUUUAGCGUUACCAGUUGAAUGAUUGUUGAUCAAAACUUGACAAAAGUGAAAAACCAUGGAUAGAAAAAUGAAAGGAGAUGGAGCAGUUUAUGAAGAUUUAAAGUCAUUUGCAGUGCCUGAGAGUGAACCACCCCCAAAGAGAAGAAGAACAGCAGAAGAUUUUUUCUCUUUUUGUCAGUUUAUCUUGGAAUAUGAGAAUUAUGAUGCUAUUAAACAAGAGGAACUUCGUCUAAAACCUGCUAGUCCUGUAGGAAGUUCAGGAAGCACAGAAGACAGUUUUUCUUCUGAUAGCAACUGCAGCAACAGUUCCCUAGGAAUCAACAAGCAAACAGAUGUGGAAUCAGAAGAAGACUCUUGGGAUAUGAUAACAUGUUUUUGCAUGAAGCCAUUUGCUGGAAGGCCAAUGAUAGAAUGUUCUCAAUGUUUAACAUGGGUGCACUUGUCAUGUGCAAAAAUUCGUCGAAACAACAUCCCAGAAGAGUUUUCUUGCCAACAUUGUAAAGAGUCUGCUAACUCAAAAAGAAGGUCUCAACGAGUACGAGGCGAGAGAAGACUAAGUACUUAAUAAAUACUGUGUCAUCUCUUAAUGUCAAAACACUGCCAUUUACUGUAGAUAGUGGUGUACAAAGUCAUUUAAUCAUUAGUGUCAUGCAUCAUCUUAAUGAGCUUUAGAAUGUGUUUUGUACUCUGUGGAACUAACUAUUGUACAGCUGCAUCAAGACAUAUCUUCUGCUGUUGAAGUGCAGUGGAAAGAUCUUGGAAUUGUUGUUCUUAAAACUAAGUAUAUGGAGAACAAGUUUAAACACAAACAAAUUAUUUUCCACUUUCAUUUUUGUAUAAAUAUGUGUUGUUUAUUAAAUGCUUAAUUUAACAAACCAUUGGGGUCAUUGUUAUUAAAACUGAGUAUUUAGAAGACAGGCUUAAAUGUAAAAAAGUUAUAUUUCAUUUUUAUUUUUGUAUAGGUAAACAGCUCUCUUGUUUAUUAA